AUGAAUGUUAUCGCACUCAACUACAUCUCACGCACACUUGACGGUUUAUGUCGCCAUGGCGAUGAUGCAUUUACUCUGACCGUGCCGAACUUAUACCUCUGGUUCCGAGAUAUCAUCACCCUCGCGACAACCCGGGCAUUGCUGGGGAGGGAGAACCCGUAUGAAAAGGAUACUACCCUCAUUCAAACCGCAUGGGAUUUCGAGGCAGGUCUUGCCGACAUAGUCGCUCGUCCCAUGCCGUGGCUUACCGCUCGGAAAGCAUUCCUUGCCAGGGGUCGUCUGCAGCUUGCUAUGACUGAGUACUACACCUCCCAGCAUGACGUGAAUGAUCCUACCGCGGCACAGAUAACCAGGGACCGCGCGAAUGUGCUUCGACGGUAUGGUUUUGAGGGGCACGAGAUUGCGAUGGUCGAGUUUAUGCUGGUCGUCAUUGGCGUAACAAAUACGGCACCAUCCAUGUUCUGGAUAUUCUGCUACAUAUUUGCCAGACCGACACUCGUCGAACGGCUGCGCGCUGAGCUGACCGGAGUGGUACAGAAGUCGCAGGCCGCGGGGAAAGAGGACACAGCGGUUAUCAAUAUCACUCGCCUCGAGGCAGAGUGUCCUCUCCUAUGUGCUUGCUAUCGCGAGACGCUUCGUCUAAUUGCUCACAACGUCAGCGUCCGCCGUGUGGUGAAGGAUACCACAAUCACACAAGCCCACGGCCGCUCAUACACCCUCAAAGAAGGCGUUGACGUGCAGAUUGCCCUAGGCAUUCCGCACUAUCUCACCAGCGUCUGGGGUGAGGACGUCAACGACUUCAACCCAGAACGCUUCCUUGAUAGGAAGGGUGCGGACAGCGAUAAGGCCAAGAAGAAUGCCUUCAUCCCGUUCGGAGGCGGUAGGCACUACUGCCCCGGCCGCAACUUUGCAUUCACGGAGAUCCUGGCACUGACAUCAGCCUUUGUCAUGGGAUUCGAGGCUUCGCCGGUGGGCAAGGCUUUUGAUGAGAUGGAGAAGACAUUACCUGUAUUCACAACAGCUGUUGUGAAACCAGUCAACGAGGGUGAGGGCUUAGGAAUAAAGCUGAGGAGACGGAAGGGAUGGGAACUUACGAACUGGAAAUUUGAGUCCUAA